AUGAUGAGAUACGCUGCCUUGGGUCUGGCCGCUGCUGGCCUAGCAUCCGCCCAGACCUUUUCGGUGUGUAACCCUGUGAAGGGCGACACUUGCCCCCCGAAUCCGGCCUUUGGCAAUCAGGCCGACUAUGACUUCCGGACCUCCAAGAACAUCGACGACCUCGAGUCCUUCUUCGUCGUCGACGGCGGCGUCAAGUUCAACUCCAAGGUCAUGUCCUUUUCCGCCGACACGGGCGCCGAGAUGACCAUCUUCGAGGAGAACAACGCCCCCACCCUUACUUCCAAGAACUACCUCUUCUUCGGCAAGGUAGAGGUCGAGCUCCAGGCUGCUCCUGGCCGCGGGAUCGUCACCAGCAUCGUCCUGCAGUCGGACGUCCUUGACGAGAUCGACUGGGAGUUUAUCGGCUCCGACCAGACCCACGUCCAAACCAACUUCUACGCUCUCGGCGUCAACGACUACACGCAUGGACGUUUCCACCCGGUCUCCUUCAACCCCAUGACCUCUUUCCACACCUACACCAUCGAGUGGACCAAGGAGUCCAUCAUUUUCUCCAUUGACGGCGAGGUCUACCGCACCGCCACCCCGGAGGAGGGUAACUACCCGCAGACGCCUAUGCAGUUGAAGCUCGGCACUUGGGUCGGAGGCAAGGGCACUUCCCAGGGUACCAUCGACUGGGCUGGUGGCCUCGCCGAGUGGGAUAAUGGCCCCUUCGCUGGCUACUACCGCUCCCUGAAGGUCUGGGACUACGCCGGUGGUGACAAGGCCGGGGCCGAGCUGUACGAGUAUUCCAAGGGCUCCGACGGCAAGUGGCAAAGCAUCAGGGUCGUCGGUGCCGGUGCCGGCGACAAGCCCUUCCCCGGCGGUGUCGCUUACAACAAUGGUGGCAAGGACAACAGGCCUGACGACAAGGGUAAGGCCGCUCAGUCCGACGGUCCUGUAGUCUCUCUCAACAGCACCAGCGUCCAGACGUCCACCACGAACGGCCCCGUAUCGUCCGCCACUGCCAUUACCCGUGCUAACGGCACCUCACUCACUCUGACGAGACAGGCCUCCAAUUCGCCCACUGGAUCUGCCUACGUGCAGACCACGCUUCCCGUCGCCUCUGCGACACCCACUCCGACCCGCAUCGCCACAUCCAGCGCUUCCCGAACCCUGCAGAGCAGCUUCCUGGUCGCUUGCCUGUCGGGUUUCUUCGCCAACAUUCUGCUGUAA